AUGAAUCCAGAAUACGACUAUCUUUUCAAGCUCCUACUCAUUGGAGACUCCGGCGUCGGAAAGUCAUGUUUGCUGCUGCGGUUUGCGGACGACACCUACACAGAAAGCUACAUCUCGACUAUCGGCGUUGACUUCAAAAUCCGGACAAUUGAGCUUGAUGGCAAGACCGUGAAGCUCCAAAUUUGGGAUACUGCGGGCCAAGAGCGCUUCCGAACCAUCACCUCCUCCUACUAUCGGGGUGCACAUGGCAUCUGCGUUGUCUAUGAUGUCACUGAUAUGGAUUCUUUCAACAACGUAAAGCAGUGGCUUCAAGAGAUCGACCGAUAUGCCACUGAAGGUGUGAAUAAGCUACUCGUCGGCAACAAGUCAGACAUGGCAGACAAGAAGGUCGUGGAGUACACAGUGGCGAAGGAAUUCGCGGACAGCCUUGGCAUUCCCUUCCUCGAGACUUCCGCCAAGAACGCUUCAAACGUCGAACAAGCCUUCUUGACAAUGGCACGACAGAUCAAGGAGCGCAUGGGCACUACAACAGUCAACAACAAGCCCACCGUUCCUAUCGGGCAAGGACAGGGCGUCCAAUCAGGUUCUGCCGGUGGCUGCUGUUAA